AUGGAACAAAUUGCUAUUCCACCCGGGCCGCCACAGCACUUCAAACAAGGAAAUAUCAUUAAACCGAUUAAAAGUGACAUUAAUUUCAACUUCGGGUAUGACCCUGUUGGUGAGGAGUACAAGGUCCUCCAAAUGCAAUUACUCAGGGAAUUAAAAUGUCCCCAAAGUGUUAAGUUUGGAAGAUUGGAAUGUGAAGUUUUAAAUUUUAAGUUGCUGAUCUAUACUUUAGGAACAGAAAACUGGCGACAAAUACACCUGGCUAUUCCUGAAAGUGUCGAUGACGAGAUUCACCUCUGUAGUUUUCUUGAGAAUAAACCUUUAUGCCUCAAUGGCAAGUUAUAUUGGCCAAGCUAUGAGUAUCGCACAAGUUGCAUUCUGGUGUUCAAGGUUAGAAGUGAGAUGUUCACUACGAUCCCGCUUCCCGAGUUGCAUGGCCCAUGUGACAACAAAUGGGAUUUCUAUCCUUUUGACUUGCAAAUUAAUUGA